CCCAAUCAGAUAUGCGGAGAACCCAGCGAUCGACAGGUCAAGAUGCUUGUGGUUAGCAUCGUCUUACUUUCGGAAUGACGAUGCUCUCCGCACAACCGUUGUCCGAUAACGACGGCAUGACCCAGCGCCUUCACAUGCGUCCUCGGUCUUCCAAGAGAUGCGGAGUGGCCAUACUGAUACCUCAUGUAGCUGCGAUACAUAUAUGCCCAGUCUUUCAUCGAUGUAAGUCAUUCACAACACCACACUCAUCUCUUUGAGCCACAUUCAAGAUGCACGGCGAUCGACGACCGCAAGACUCGAUGAAGUCCACCUGGCGUGGCGACAAAUCACAAUGGGGCUUCUCACACAAGUUUUUCAAUUUGAUCGACGCAUUUCACACCGCAACUGAUCAAACGCCGCCACCAGUCUUCGCGAAGACAGAUAAAGUACCUUACAUGAAUGAAUUGUCGUGUCACCUGUGGAUUCUGGCCCACGCAGGUUGGCCGAUGGCGCUACAGCAACUGUACAUCUGGUACACUGGCCACGAUAUGCACCCGAUUGCUGCAUUCUUUUUCUACACAGCUGCAAUGCAAAUCAACGCGAUUCACGAAGUCAAGAUUCUCCGACGCUUGGGAUACCGAUAUGGCUACCUGGACGGUGACAAGCAUCAGCGCGACGAAGUGCCUGAUGUGGGCGUGAACAAAACGUUCGCUUCGCUCCAACUUACUACUACCAUCCGACCCAUGCUCGCCAUUUUCUUCUCAUGGCGUAGUCGCGGAGCACUACAACUCUCUUGGUGGAUCCCUCUCGAGUUAGCGCUCUACUCCGUUGUCCUCGAUGGAUUCUUCUACCUCUACCACCGCUCUUGCCACGAGGUCGAUAGACUGUGGCAAUACCACCGCACGCACCACCUGACCAAACAUCCAAACCCACUUCUGUCCUCAUACGCCGACGAAGAGCAAGAGUUCCUCGAGAUCGCCUUGAUCCCAUUCCUGACCUGGGCAACGCUGAAGUAUGUCUUCCAGCUACCCAUGGGAUUCCACGAUUGGUGGUUGUGCCAUCAAUACAUCAUCUUCGCCGAACCUUUUGGUCACAGUGGACUACGAAUCUAUUCCUGCACUCCGGGCGUUCACUCGCCUCUCCUCAAGCUUUUUGGCAUGGAGCUCGUCAUCGAGGACCAUGACCUGCAUCACCGCAAGGGAUGGAGGAAGAGCAGCAACUAUGGCAAACAAACACGAUUAUGGGACAAGAUCUUUGGAACUUGUGGAAGGAGAAUCGAGGUUAUCGAGGACAACGUGGACAUGAAGUACAACUUCAACUUCCCUCUUUUCUGAUUGUGCCUUUGAAGCAGAAAUGGUCUGUGGAGUUACUAGGACGGUGCGGACUAAAUGAAAGGGAAGCAGAUUCGAUAUGUAUAUUCAAAAAGAUACCCAACUUGUGUAUAGAACCAGGUCUAUGACUGUUCAAGCAUCCAUUGAUACUUUGCAUCUCAGACUUCUGGUUCUUGGCGCCCCUCUUCGGAUUUAUG